AUGGCGGCGAGAAAAUUGAACGAGGAUCCGUCAGCGGCUUGCGAAGAUCUGAGAUUCUUCGAACGACGAUUGACAGAAGUGAUCACAUAUAUGGGACCAUCAUGCACACGAUGGAGAAUUACAAUCGUCGUCUUCGCGGUAAUAAUUGGUGUGAUCGGAUCGAAAUAUGUGACAAGAGAAGUAAAUAUUGAGCAAUUCGAAACGUCAAUAUCUCACUUUCUAUUCACUACUCAUCUCGAUUUCACAUUAUGCGUUUGUGUCGGUUUUCUGCUAUUCGGAUUACUCGGUGUACACAGGAGAAUCGUGGCGCCAACGAUUGUUGCCCGCCGAUGUCGUGAUGCGUUGGCUCCAUUCAGUCUGAGUUGUGAUCACAAUGGAAAGCUAAUUGUAAAGCCAGCUGUUCGCAGUCCAACACUUUGA